CUUAUAUUUGCCCUGUUAAUUAGACCAAGUCUGGGAACCAAAAUUGUACAAGAUCAUAGUUUUAUUAUUACAUAUAUACACAUUAAAUAGAAUGUAUGAGGUAGAAGAUUUCGUCACAAUCAAUGGCACACAACGUUAACAGAGACACAUAAGCAAACCGACCAUGCAGACUGGUACACUUCAUAAAUGUGAUGUUUGUGGUAGAGAAUUUAGUAAAAGUAGUGAUUUCAAGAGACAUAUGAGAACACAUGCUGGUGAAAGACCUCAUGACUGUGAUGUUUGUCCUAGAGAAUUUGGUCAAAGUAGUGACUUGAAGAGACAUGUGAAAACACAUACUGGCAAAAAACUUCAUGAAUGUGAUGUUUGUGGCAGAGAAUUUAGUAAAAGUAGUGACUUAAAGAGACAUGUGAGAACACAUACUGGUGAAAAACCUCAUAUCUGUGAUGUUUGUGGUAAAGGGUUUAGUCAGCCUGGUAAUUUACAAAGUCAUAUGAGAAUACAUACAGGUGAUAAACCUCAUAGCUGUGAUGUAUGUGGUAAACGGUUUAGUCGGCUCUUUAUAUUACAAAUUCACAUGAGAACACAUACAGGAGAUAAACCUCAUAGCUGUGAUAUAUGUGGUAAAGGGUUUAGUCGGCUUGGACAUUUACAAGUACACAUGAGAGUACAUACAGGUGAUAAACCUCAUAACUGUGAAAUGUGUGGUAAACGGUUUAGUCAGUCAUCUAUAUUACAAAUUCACAUGAGAACACAUACAGGAGAUAAACCUUAUGAAUGUGAUAUAUGUGGUAAGAGGUUUAGUCAGCAUUGUCAUUUGAAAAUACACAUGAGAAUACAUACAGGUGAUAAACCUCAUAACUGUGAUGUAUGUGGUAAAGUGUUUAGUCGGCUUGGACAUCUACAAAGACAUAUGAAAACACAUACAGGAGAUAAACCUUAUGAGAUGUUUGUGAUGAAGAUUAGACGCAUAAUAGCAGAGGCUGGCAAUACAGUAUCUGAAUUUGAUGAGUGUGCCAGCAUAAUAGCAGAGGCUGGCAAUAAAGUUUCCGAUUGUGAUGAUUGUGCUAGCAUAAUAGAAGAGGCUGGCAAUAAAGUUUCCGAUUGUGAUGAUUGUGCUAGCGUAAUAGCAGAGGCUAGCAAUAAAGUUUCCGAAUGUGAUGAUUGUGCUAGCAUAAUAGCAGAGGCUGGCAAUAAAGUUUCUGAAUGUGAUGAGUGUGCUAGAGAAUUUAGUCAAAGUAGUGACUUAAAGAGACAUACAAGAACACAUAUUGAUGAAAACCCUCAUAAAUGUGAUAUUGAUGGUAGAGAAUUUUGCCGAGGUAGUUUCCUAACGAAACACAUGAGAAAACAUACAGGAGAUAAACCUCAUAACUGUGAUUUAUGUGGUAAAAGGUAUAUUCAGCAUAGUAAUUUACAGAGACAUAUGAGAACACAUACAAGUGAUCAACCUUAUGACUGUGAUGUAUGUGGUAAAGGGUUUAGUAGCCUUGGUUAUUUACAGAGACACAUGAAAACACAUACAGGGGAUAAAUCUCAUGACUGUGAUGAAUGUGGUAAAGGAUUUAGUCAGCAUGGUGGUUUGAAGAGACACAUGAUAACACAUACAAGCGAUAAACCUUAUAAUUGUGAUGUAUGUGGUAAACGGUUCAGUCAGCUUGAUCAUUUACAAAGUCACAUGAGUACACAUACCGGUAACAAACUUCAUGAUUGGUCAUUUACAAAGUCACAUGAGAAUACAUACAGGCGAUAAACCUUAUGUUUGUGAUGUAUGUGGUAAACGGUUUAGUCUGCUUGGUCAUUUACAAAGUCACAUGAGAAUACAUACAGGCGAUAAACCUCAUAACGGUUACUGUGAUUUAUGUGAU